UAUAAAACCUCAUUCAGAACAGGAUCUCAACGAAAUAAAACACGGUGGCUUUGGUCUCGUCGGCGCCACGAGGGGGAGAAAUCUCCCUGGGAACCGUCUACAACCCCUGCUGGUGUAAAGAGGUCGAGCCUCCCCCCCCACGCACUGGCACUUGGUUCGGCCCUGUUUGAAGCUGGGCGCGGACGCUCACUGAUCCAACGGCAGCAAUAGUUCCGAGGAACAAGAUGCCUCACCCUGGAGAGGAGACACCGCCCAGUGGCUGCAGUGCCCCAGGGAGCGUGCCCUGUAGGCCCAGGAAAGCGAGGCAGGCCCAGGAGAGCCAUGAUGGGGACGUGCCCAGCCUCUGCCCACCACAGCUGCCAACGUCCAGCCCUCCUCCACCAGUUCUCUCCAUGGCAGAAUUACUAGAAACAGCACAAGAAGUUUCCAAAAUGACCAUUGCACACGAGAUUGUGGUGAACCGUGACUUCAAGUUGCAAGAGGUCAGCUUCUCACCAAACAGCCUGGAAAGCCGAGUGAAAGAGACAUUGCACAAAGCUUUCUGGGACAAUCUGAAAGAACAGCUCUCUGCUAGUCCACCAGUGUAUACACACAUGAUCCAACUGCUGCAGGAGAUUAAAGAGACCAUACUGUCACUGUUGCUGCCAUGGCACAGCCGUCUGCAGGGCCAGAUCGAAGAAGCCCUGGAUAUGGAGCUGAUCACACAGGAGGCUGAGCAUGGGGCUCUCGACAUCCCCAGUCUCACCAUGUACAUCUUAGGUACAAUGGCGAUGCUGUGUGCACCUGUCCGAGAUGAGGAAGUGCAGAGACUACAGGGUGUGACAGACCCAGUUCAGCUGCUCAGGGAGAUUUUCCGGGUGCUAGACCUGAUGAAAAUGGACAUGGUGAAUUUUACCAUCCAGAGCCUGCGGCCCCACCUGCAGGAUCACUCCGUCGAAUAUGAGCAGAAGAAAUUCCAGGAGCUCCUUGCCAAGCUGCCCAACAGCCUGGAUCACACAACUGAGUGGUUACACAAAGCAGCAGCGGAAGUCUCUGCAUCUUCUUUGUCAUCCCCAUCCCAUCCUGAGGUCUGUGGAUCACCUGCUCCACUCUCACUGGGGGCUGUCAGCAGCAGCUCAUCUAUACCAAGUCCCAUGUCUGUGUUAAACCAAGGAUACAUGAAUCUACUCCGCUGGGAGCCAAGCCUAGAGAAAUACCCUGAGACUCUGUUGAUGGACCAAGCCCGGCUGCAGGAGGUACAGUUGCAAGUGAAUCAGCUAACAAUCAUAGCUGCAGUCCUGCUAGUGACCAGCAGUGUGUGUGGAAGCGCCUUGUUGAGCUCGCCUGGGUUUGUAGAUAGGCUGAAACGGGUAACAAAGGCCCUCUUAGAAGGGCUUCCUCACACCAGGUUUCGAGAAGCUUUGCUGGACAUCAGCAAUCAUGUGCACCAGGAAGUUAGUGAAUCUCUCUUGCAACUGGGUUACCCUGCUUUCACCAGCGACAAAUCUGCUUCCCUCAAAGGCCAGAUAAGGAGCAUCGCAGAGGAUGACAAUGCGGUGCGGAGCGUAAUUGAGCAGCGGAUCCAUUCAUUUCUCAGCCUUCAUCUGUCUCCUAGUGCCCAGAACUCUUGCAGUCUCUCAAAAGGCCUUGCUCCAAUUCAGGAAGAACUGCUGGAAGUUGGUCACAGGUUUGGCAGUAUGAUUCAUCACAACAGGCAGGUGUAUGGACCCUACUACCUGGCAAUUCUAAAAAAGGUGGUUCUCCCAGGGGCAGAGCCAAAAGCAGGAAUAGAUUCUUUCUAAAACUCUCACAGAAAGCACCACAUGCACUGGGGCCAGAGGGGAGGAGGACUCAGCUAGUUUUCAGAAUCAUGCUUUAGUUGGCUGCAACACUUUACAAGCCAAACAGCUGUCCUGUUCUGUGCAGCAGCAUCCAAAGCACUUCUGCAGCUGGACCACCAUAGCUGCUGGGGACAGUUACAUAAAUACCAACUGCCACUUCCCAGUUUGUCUGAAUAAACCUUUAAACUUAAAAAAAAAAUUGCCCUUUUUUUUCAUACCUGCCAUUAGUUGGUCUUAUUACUUGGGGAGGCAGUGAAACAUUGAAUAAAUAUAGCAAGAUAGCCUAGAUGGAUUUCAUAAUGUUGCAAUGCAUCCUGUGAAUUUGAACCCUGAUUUUUUUCCUGCCUUGGCAUUAACUGUGGGUUUUAGCCUGCUUUCCAGACCCCUCUUAGUCUCAUCCAGGGAGAGAGGAUUCGAUUUAAGAUGCUUUGUGUUAAUGGCAGAGCUUACUUUCUAAUGAAACUGAUACACUUCAGUGUUAACUUUAAAAUCUGGUUUACUUCAUAUGUGCCAUCUACACUAGCUCAGUUUAAUCGCCCUUGGAUUUAGUAUUUUUGCAUUCAAAUCUACUGUAACCAGUUCCUAAACUUUAACAUGCAUUGUUAAAUGUUGGUCUUUUCCUCCAUCUCCUUUAUACUAGUGAAUUUAAUAUGUUGAAGCUGCAUUAGUAAAACUUUCUUUCUACUGGAGCAAUACCGUGCUAUCAGAGCUGCCAGGGUCUUAGAUAUUAAGAUACAACUGUAACAGAACAUCAAACUAUUGAUGUACAGCAAGGAUUGCUUUGGCAGCUUUGUUGCAGGGAGUUAGCAGUUGAACUGUGUAAGGAUGCAUAGGUUAUGGUCCUGCCACUCCACUCACCCUCCAUGACACAAGCUGCCCAUCUGUAAAUGUGGGAUGGGGUGGAGGGAAGGGAACUAGUUUUCUUCAUCCUUGGGGGUGUAGGAUGAGAGGUAGGGAUAUGGGGCUGAAGCUCAUACUAGCAGCAUGUGCAUUUAUAGCUAUGUUUCUAAUGAAUAAAUGGGCUUGACAUUUCAAAAAUAUAAUGCUGAAUAUUUUAAUACUUUUCAUGGAGAAAGAGCUUGAGAGGACCCCUCCUCCCCAAAAAAAAAUAUCAAGAUUAUUCAGAAGACAUUCAUAAAUCUCUGCAUUCAUGGGACCAUGAGAACUGGUUACUGCCAUUAAAAGGAUUUAAUUUUGGCAUAAAUUGGACAAAGGGCAUAGAAUAGCCUCAUUAGUGGCUCAGGCUUUGUAAUCAUAACUGCAAGAGAACAACUAUCCUUUGACAUGUCAGCAGUAAGAUGGGGCAACAGCAGUGAUUAACAUUAAAGGGUUCAGGAAAAAUGAGGUCAAAGAGGCAGCUGCCUCCCACAUGAAGGAAGUGGGUCCACACUAUUAAACUGACACUGGCUGAUCUUAGGAAAAACACAGAUUUAAUCUAAAACUGUAAUGCAGGUCUUGAGCCAAACCAUGUUACAGUUUUUCCAUGUGAUUAAUUUCUGUUACUAUCUUGCAGUCCAAGAGGAGCAUAAUGUGUGCUUUCUAUACUUGUUCUACAAAUCUUAGUUGCACAGGCAUCAUCUUCUGCAGGAGAAUGAGAAUGUUGAACAGAUAAAUUCAGAUCCCAUAGUAGUGUUCAGGAGGGAGAUUUACCAUUUAUCAUGAGCUCAGUUUUAUAUUCUGUUGUAAAAGUUUGCAGAAGUUGGCUACUGAAUGAUAAUUACAAGUAAAAGGCAAUAGAUCAAAGAGAUAUUUCAUGGUUGCUCUGACAAGUCAUUUUCUCCACUUAACUUGCACAUGGAUAGAAUAUUUCACUUGUUUAACCACAACAAAAACAGCCAUUUUGGUUCUAGGCACCAACCACUGCUUAUUCCCUAACCAAAUU